AUGUCUCCCUCAAAGGUACCCACUGUCGAGUUCGACAAGUUCUACAACAUCAUCGACGGCAAGCAGCGCGGCAGUGACAACGUCCACCAUGGCAUCAAUCCCGCCACCGGCCAAGACAACUGGCCGGUGCCCAUUGGCAGCGAGAAGGAUCUAAACGACGCCGUUGAGGCCGCGAAGAAGGCGUUCCCUGCGUGGAGAGACACUCCGAUUCAGAAGAGGAAGGACACCCUGCUCAAGUUCACCGAAUACUUCGGCCAAUUCACAGAUGACCUCGUCACCCUGCUCUGCAAAGAGACGGGCAAGCCGAGGAAGUUUGCAGCCAUUGAAGUCGGUGGAAUCGCUGGCUUCAUCCAGUACCACUGCUCGCUAGAGAUCCCUGAGGAUAAGAUCGACGACGACGAGAAGACUAUCUACACCGAGUACACUCCUCUCGGUGUCUGUGGAGGUAUCAUUCCGUGGAACUUCCCCUUGAUCUUGGCUAUUGGAAAGGUCGCUCCUGCGCUCUUGACCGGCAAUGCCAUCAUCGUCAAACCAUCGCCGUUCACGCCCUACACAGGUCUCAAGGUCGUCGAGAUCAUGCAAGAGUUCUUCCCCCCUGGUCUUGUGCAGGCGGUAGGCGGCAACAACGAGCUCGGCGCGCAGAUGUGCGCGCACCCAGACAUUGCUAAGAUCUCUUUCACCGGAUCCAUCGCAACUGGCAAGAAGGUCAUGGAGACCUCGGCGAAGACAUUGAAGCGCGUUACCCUAGAGCUCGGUGGCAACGAUGCCUCAAUCAUCCUUCCCGAUGUCGACAUCAAGAAGGUCGCGCCGGAGGUCGUCAUGGGCGCGUUCCAGAACUCCGGUCAGGUUUGCGUCGCAACAAAGCGCAUCUACAUCCACGAGUCCAUCUACAAGGAGUUCUUGGAAGAGAUGGUCAACUUCACCAAGACCGUCAAGGUCGGGAACCCGGAUGACGGUGACAACCUGCUCGGCCCUAUCCAGAACCCCAUGCAAUACGAGAAGGUCAAGGAGUUCUUCGCGGACAGCAAGGCCAAGGGCUACAAGUUCGCAGUUGGUGAACCCGAUAUCGCGGCCGGCAAGGGCUUCUUUAUCCAACCUACUAUCAUCGACAACCCACCCAACGACUCGCGCAUCAUAGCCGAGGAGCCGUUCGGCCCCAUCGUACCUACUCAGCCGUGGUCCGACAUCGACGAAGUCGUUGCGCGUGCCAACAACACCAACACUGGUCUCGGUGCGUGUGUUUGGGGCAAGGAUGUUGAGAAGGCGUCCAAGGUCGCACGCCGCCUCGAAGCUGGAUCCGUCUUCGUCAACUCCUGGGAGAAGCCUACACCGCAGGCCAUUUUCGGCGGUCACAAGGAGUCUGGUAUCGGCGGUGAGUGGGGCAAGACUGGUCUCCUCGCAUUCAUGAACGCCCACGUCAUCCAUGUGUACAAGUCAUGA